AUGGCUCUCUCCCCCACGUCGUCGCGUCCUCGCAAACAGUACCUCGCAGUCUCCAACGCCCCUCCCGUCUACUCGUCGGCGGACGAGCUCAACGCGUACUUUGGCGAAUUCGGCGGCUGCUUCGUCGCCGAGACGCUGAUCCAAGCGCAUCACGACCUCAUCAACGCGUACGUGAAAGCCACGCAGGACCCGUCGUUUCGGGAGGAGCUCGAGCAGUUGGGCCGCGACUACAUUGGCCGCCCCACGCCGCUGUACCACGCCAAGCGCCUCACGGCGCACGCCCACGGCGCGCAGAUCUGGCUCAAGCGCGAGGACUUGGCGCACACGGGGGCGCACAAGAUCAACAAUGCUUUGGGGCAAGCAGUGCUGGCCAAGCGGCUGGGCAAGACGCGGAUCAUUGCCGAGACGGGCGCGGGCCAACACGGCGUUGCAACUGCGACUGCCUGUGCGCUGUUGGGCAUUGACUGUGUGGUCUACAUGGGCUAUGUCGACACGCAGCGCCAGUCACUGAAUGUCUUUCGAAUGAAGAUGCUCGGGGCCAAAGUCAUUGCCGUCAAGAGCGGCUCGCAGACGCUCAAAGACGCCGUGAACGAAGCGAUUCGGGACUGGGUCACGAACGUGCACGACACGCACUACAUUAUUGGCUCGGCCAUUGGGCCACACCCGUUCCCGACGAUUGUGCGUGACUUCCAAGCGAUCAUUGGUCGCGAGAUCAAAGCGCAGCUGCAGGAAGAGAUUGGCCGGCUACCGGAUGCCAUUGUUGCCUGUGUGGGUGGAGGCAGCAACGCGAUUGGCAUGUUCCAUCCGUUUGUCAAGGACAACGAGGUGGCUAUCUAUGGCGUGGAAGCUGGCGGCGACGGUGUGGACACGCCUCGUCACUCGUCGACAUUACUGGGUGGCCGAUUGGGUGUGCUGCACGGCACCAAGACAUAUGUCAUGCAAGACCUGGCAGGUCAGGUCAUCGAGACGCACUCGGUGUCUGCCGGUCUCGACUACGCCGGCGUUGGUCCUGAGCACGCGUUCCUGAAAGAUUCUGGCCGUGCCACGUACGUGAGUGUGACGGACAAGGAGGCACUUGAAGCGUUUCAGCUCCUUUCCCAGCGCGAGGGCAUCAUCCCAGCGCUCGAGAGUGCUCAUGCCGUACAUUUCGGCGUGAAGCUAGCUUCAACGCUCUCUCCUGACCAGGUUGUCGUCAUCAACGUCAGUGGCCGUGGCGAUAAGGAUAUGCUGCAGGUCGCCAAGGAGCUCGGUGUGAAUCUCAAUGACGACCUCACUGAUAACUAA